AUGCCUCGACUUGUGCGACGACGGCCCCUUUGGGACCGCAUGACGUCGAUGCUGAACCCCAUGGAUUUCUUGCUUUGGCUUUCAGAGGAGAUAGAAACGAGGGACUGGGACUCGGGUCUUGUGGGAACGCAGCUUGGUCUGGGGUUGAACUUUCUGUUUCUCCUUGCUCGGGCGAACUCGGGCUCCAAGCAGGCAAGUGAUGAGAUUUUUGGCGACGAGAGUCCGUCGCGCUGGCUGUCGGUACUUGUUUAUCCGCUGUCCUGGGGGCUGAUGGUGUUUUCCAUCGUCAAUGCCGUUUAUACUGUCACGCGGACUAGAAAGUAUAGGCUGUUUGAGGCGAGGAUUGAUGUGAAACCGAGCACAUCCUCUGUUAGACGCGUCAAAAUCCAGUCUUCGCCGGUGGCUUCGUCGCCGCUGCGCUACAUCGCCGACAUGAUUGCUUCAGAUUCUGCCGAAUCGAGAGCCCAUCCUGACAAGAGCCGGGAUGUGUGGGAGCUUUCCAUCUGGGACCCUCUCCCUGUUUGUAUUAGGUUGGCCUGCCUGUUCAGUCCGGGCCAUGUGCUCGUCUACCUCAUCUUCCUGCCUCUGGCGCCUCUAGAUCCUCGCCCCAGCGUCACAGUGUUUAACUCGCUGAUUAUGCAAGUGGUCCUGUCUACCCAGAUGCUUUUGCUAUCAUCAAGAUAUUCUCAGCAGUCCAAAGAUAGCGCCAUCGUUCAGAAGGAAGUUUUCCAUGAAUACGACACCAAAUUUGUGCAGCCACGAAUCCACCCGAUUGUCAGAGACGCUGGGACUCAAAUGUCGGAAGAUCAACCCGCAAUUUCGAGAGAGUUUGUCCAGGUAGGAACACCGACGACGCUCAUCAGGCGGUCGUUCAUCUCACAUGGAAACCCGCACGUCGACUCAGAGGAAGCCACACCCAUCAGAGGGUUUUACAAUUCCAAUGUCAGCAGUGGGAACGUCAUGAGACCACAGAUGUUUACGCCUUCCACUGUCGGCCGGCGAACGGAGUUAUUCACCCCUGCAGUGAGCAGUCAUCGAUAUCCUGGUAUCCGACACAGCUUGCCGGCUGGCCAUACCCCGAGUAGUACUACUCCUCCAUCAUACACACCUGCUCCGCCGUCAACCUCCACAAUGGGCACGUCAACGGGCGUGAAUGCCAAUUUUGGAGGCAGCCUCUGCUUGUCCUCGCACCAAAAAUCACCGUUAAAGAAGGCCAUGAGUAUGGGCGACAUGAACAGCGACAACAUUCUGCCUGGGAGUCCUACAGAAGUGGCAUAUGAUCAGCGCGGCCAGGAGCCCCCGAGCAGUCCGACGAAAUACUCGGAAAACAGGCGGUUCACGGGCAUGAAUAUAAACAGCUCACCGCAUCCGUUUGCUAACAUGGACAUGCCAGACAAGAUACAGGAACAAAGGUCUCCAGAGGUAGAUCAAAGUCAGGUCAAUACUGCAGCUAUUAGCAGUUCGGCGUCACAGUCGGAAUCCAUAACUGAGCUUCAGUUGGUUCAGAAGAAGAAAGAGGCACGUCGCCUUCGACGUAAUCUGAAACAGAGCGGCGAUUACCUUGGCGUUCAAGGUUUUAACCCAGAGACUGGUCAGCUCGAUGUCAUGACUUCGACGGAUAGCGACAGAAGCAGCAGCCUUAGCCAAGAGACUCAGAAGAAACUCCUUAUCCUUCGGAACACCUUGAGGGAUGCUCGACAUUCAUACACCAGUGCAAAAGAGAAGAGAGAGAAUGAAGGAAAAAAGAUUCUGUGGAAGAAUGAAAAAGAAAAGCUGCGCCGAUUGGAGAAAGACAAGGAAGAGGUGAAGGACAUCAACAAAACAGUGAAGUGGAAACGCCAUGCACGGCAAUGGUCAUCAGCUCAGGAACCGGAUUUGAGUCCUAUCGCCCAGUCAGUUAUUGGAACAGCAGGAUCAUCUCUCGUCAAGACGCCACAUGGUCAAAGCCUUGCAGACCCUGCUGAAUUCGGUUCAUCGGCCUGGGAGCUAUUCGUGAAUGGUAUAAGUUUCGAAAGUUCCGAAGAGCCCGUGCCCGCCAAUGACCUGGACUCCGGCUUGGAAAGUAGGGAGAUGUUGCACCCAAAGCAUCAUGAGAAUGUUGAGAAGCCAGCGUCAGGUAGAAAAUCAAAUAACUGCGACCCAACUCCUUCCACUGCCAUGAGAGAGCAAGGGAACCGUUCCGAUGAGAAUAUUGAGCACCAUGACCACCAUGGGUCUUUUUUAGGCAUGCGCCGCCAGAGAGGAGAGGAACCUAGAGGGGAAACACAGAUAAUUUCUUUGGCAGCACUGACAAGCAAACUUGCCAACCCGAGCAUACUGUCACCGAAGCAGGAAUUGAAUCACAACGUUGUCAACCACUCAAUACAAUACAAGCAGGACAGAAGAGGCAUGGCAUUGAACCACGGCGAGAGGGAAGAGGAAGCCCAAUCAUCUUCCACAGUGACCACAGAACAGGUGCUACGAAGGCGCCAGUCCAAAGGCAUUCAGCCUCCUCAGGGGGAACCCGUAACAUUGACAGGUGCACGAGGAAAGCUCAUACAAAAUUGGGGUCACUGGAUAUCGAGAAGGAGAGGAACCCGACGUUCUGGAACCAACCAAGACGACACAGCACACAUGCAAAACCUGCAACCAUCGCAAGCGGGCCAUCCUUCCACUGCUCUCGAAGUAGUACCACAAAUCCCAGACAGUUGGGCGACAGAUCUGACCUCCAAGCGCGGCCUCCAGAUUUUCGCCCACAAGCCGGAGACGAACCCGGGGAUGAAGACCCAGGCCACGACACACUGGCAGACAGGGGAGGAAGUCGAGGAACAACACCGACCUUUUCCGACUGCAGGAACAGACAAAGACAUAAACAAGGAUAUCUUGAACCGAGAGAAGUGCGAAAGUGUUGCGUGGAAAGAUGCCAGAACCAAGCAGCCAGUACCAGUAGGCUAUGCAUGCACACCCAUCACCAUCACUACUGGCUGCGGCCAACAACAUUUCCAAGCGAAGCCCCGGAGAAAUACCCAACCGAAUACGGAGAGUCAUUCAAGUCUACGGCUGGAGAGGCAUCUCAGUGGCGUAGCAUCCGACCUGCCUCUGGCCGCCAGGUCCGGACUCAACUCGGGGGCCGGUGCAACGAAACCCUUACAGAAUCAAUUGCUGAGAGUGGGCCAUGCAAAUCGCGGUAUCGAAACAGAUACUACAUCGAAGGCCAGGCGGAUGGCAAAGGACAAGAGCAUUCAGAAGAGCACCGGGGCUGUCGCAAAGAUCGGAACGACAGCGAGAACGGAUGUGGUUGGGUCCAAGCCGGAAGACGUAGUCAGCGCGUCAGAGGCAGAAAUUGGUCUCAAGAAAUUAGUGGUCCACGACUUGGAGAAGAGGUCCAAAGUGGUAUCCGAGACGUCGAACAAGUGCGAGGCAAACGAUACCAACAGGGGAACCGAACACAAGGGCGUCAUCCAAGAACAGGUCGGGCCCGUGGUACAAAGAGACGAGCCGGACGAGCUGAGCGACAUGGGCCACGCACCGGGAAGCUUUCCCGGUACCAAAGUUGGAGACACUGGCGGCGACGGUUGCGAAGGCUCUUCCGACGGCAACGGAAAAGGCGCCGGUAUUCCUCUUAUGGCUGUUAAAGAGCACCUGGAGAUGGUGAGAUGCCAUUUACUUGCAUUCUUUCUUCUGUACUGGGACAUUGUCGGCCCAGUUUUUGAUUCCGGAUCAGAGUACUGGGAAAGAAACAGGAGACAUGAGUCAACGCUGGCCGAUUGUUUUGCCUUGGUGGUUGCGCUACCGGGAGCAAUCCUCGCUGUCAUGGGCCUUGUUUAG